UGGUGUGGGGGAAGAUAAUGCUGCACGAGCAUCAUCAGCACCAGCACGACACGAGCCACCCAAACACUGAAUGAGAGAGAGAGAGAGAGACAGAGAAACUGCAGUGCAGUAAACACCAGCGUUACUCAUCUCAUGGCGAUGCAAUACGAUGCGAUGAGUGAAUGAAUGAAUGAAUGAAUGAUUCCAUCCCUCACGCAAAUCAACGCCAUCCGAUCCCUUUCAAAUCAAAAACCCCACCCCAUCCCCACGCCUUUUCGUCGUCCUUUUUCCGUUUCUAAUUCUGAUUCCGAUUCCAGUGCUCUCUCCUCUCCUCUCCUCUCCUCAUCCGAUUUGUUCUAAGGAAAAAAUGCCUGAGGGAAUAACGCCAGAGUCUCUUAUGAACAACAUCAUGGAGACCCUUUCGGAAGGGGUAUCAAAGCACAAGAACGUCUCAUUUUUCGAAGAGAAGUCGAACACGGUGACCUCCAAGUUCAACAGAUUGUUUGGCCGUGAAAAACCUCUUCACCAUCUUCUUGGGGGUGGCAAAUCUGCUGAUGUGCUGUUAUGGAGGAACAAGAAGAUCUCAGCUAGUGUCCUAACGGGUGCUACUAUUAUUUGGGUGCUCUUUGAAUGGCUUAAUUACCACUUUCUUACUCUCAUAUGCUUUACGCUGAUAGCCGCAAUGCUGGUCCAAUUCCUAUGGAAAAAUGCAUCGGGCAUGUUGAAUAGUCGUCGAUCCUCAUCAAGAGUCCCUCGACUUGUCCUGCCUGAAGAAGUGUUUGUUAACAUUGGCAAGUUGGUCGGAUCAGAGGUGAAUCGAGGAUUAGGCUUCUUGCAGGAUGUUGCCUGUAAAGGAAGUAUCAAGCAAUUCAUAGUGGUUGCUGGUAGUUUGUUUGCUGCUGCUAUUGUAGGAAGCUGGUGCAACUUCUUGACUGUCACAUACAUAGGUUUCGUUGCUGCGCACACAUUGCCGGUCCUGUACGAGAGAUACGAUGAUCAAGUAGAUGACUUCGCAUACAGGGUCCUCGACCAGCUUCAAGGCCAUUACCGAAAGCUCGAUGCAGGUGUUCUAAGCCGAAUCCCAAAAGCCAAAUUCCGGGGCAAGAAGUUUGAGUAGAAACAAAACAUGACAUUAUUGAAUAUUGAUUUAUCUCUGUCAAUCUCAUCUGAUAAUAUAGUCUCUUGAUGAAUACACAUUCACAUAACAGUCACAGAAGCUUUGGGUGGGUGCUCUAGCUUGAAAAGGCUUCUUUAUUCUCACAA